AUGUACAUAACGGAUGAUUUUAUCCCCACAUUCGAAAAACCACCUCAUUUAAGACAAUUGACAGUGGCUAGUAGCAAUAUAGAUUCAACUAUAAGCUCAAAUUUGAAGAUUUUAGAUUGCGAGUUAAUUAAUGAUAUUAGUUUAGUGGGAAAUCCAUUACACAUUCAGUUUAAAUUAAAGAACCUAUCGCUGUUGAAAAAAUUGACUCUUCUGUUCGAUGGAGUUCCCACUGAUACCUUAAUUGAGCGGUUAGUCCUCAAUACGGAUAGUGUAUCAGAAUUUACAUUGAUAUUUGGCUCAACAUAUUAUCACGCUAGAAGACAAAAUUAUAUCCAAGAAAUAGAUGAUGAGUUUUUAAAAUACUUGAGUUUUCCAAAGUUGAAAAGACUAUCUAUUUUCAGUCGAGAUACAAUCAACGAUCAUUACAAAUUUAUUCUUCCAGACUUUAAUGAACUAAUUGGGAAAUUUCCUCCUUUAGAAGUACUUCAUUUAAGCUUAGGUUGCGAAUUCAACCUUGCCAUCUUUUCAAAUCUAUCAAAGCACUAUAACACCUUGACAAGAUUUGUCUGGAUAGGAAACAUGACAGGCGAGAUGUACCCAGACUAUGAAGUGAUCAAGGACUUUAGGUUUGACAUGAUAAGAGGACUAUUGCUCAAAUUACCAUUGGAGCUCGGAAGAGUAAAUUGCAAAUUUCAUGAAGGUGAAGGUAGUAUAUUUGAAACUAUAUUCAAACAAUCAAUGCGUUUGCUAGGUAGUACCAGAGGCAACAAUUACUCAAGGCUAAGUUCUUAUAAUUAUUGCAAAGGAGUGAUUGAUAUUGAACUGGACUUUAUAAAUAAUGUAGUUAUGACAUGUGAAGAAAGAUUCUUACCUAAAUUUGAGAAUCUACGCUAUUUGAUCAUCAAUGGCUUGCAUUUUAGAAUCUUUGAAACGUUCGACAGCAAGAGGGAGAUGGUAUGUGUCUAUGAUAGUUAG